AUGCAAGCUCCCCGUCAUCUCCACUUGGUGGUUGUUCGUCGCAUCAUUCGGUACCUUCUAGGAACAUCUACUCGUGGAUUGUUCUUUCCAAGUGGUUCUCCUAUUCGUCUUAAUGCUUUUAGUGAUUUUGAUUGGGCGGGAUGUCCUGAUACUCGUCGUUCAGUCUCUGGUUGGGGCAUGUUUCUUGGAGAGUCAUUGAUAUCUUGGAAGAGUAAAAAGCAAGAUCGUGUGUCAAAAUCUUCAACAGAGGCUGAAUAUCGAUCCAUGUCUUACUGCUUGCUCCGAGGUUGUAUGGCUUCGUGGAUUACUUGCUGA